UAUUGACUCUCUUUUACCGUUUUUUGUGUGUGGCAAUUUUCUCAUUGAUUGAAAUUGAAUGCGUUUGUGUUGUGUCUGGCAGGCAGGAUUGUGUAAUUAAGAGUAGUGAUUGUGUUAAACACUCGAACUAUACAAAAUAUUGUGUGUAUCAAAGUCCCCGAUAAGAUAAACUCGUGAGUAUCUCUUUCAAUAUUAGCCCCUCUAGCUCUGUGUCGGUUAGGAGCAGAUUUGUGCAUUAUUGGGAGCAGCAAAAUACUCGGAAAAUGCGGCAGACGGCGUCGAGCGGUGGCCUGUGAAGGAGCUCCUCAAGAAGAAAAGGGCCGAAUUCGGGGAAAAUGGGACCGACGGCGGCCAAGUGGAUCGCCCUUGUCACGCUCGGACUUGUGUCCUUCUUCCUCGGCAUGAUCCCCAUCAAAAUCUCACGAGUCCUUAAGUGGACGAGUCACGGGUGCCAGAAGUCGCCGCGGUCGCAGCUGGUUUUGUCCGCGAUGUUGUGCUUCGGCGCGGGCGUGUUGCUCGCCACGGCCCUCACGCACAUGUUGCCCGAGGUCAGGGUCAACGUGGAGGCGGCGAUGGCGGCGCCAGACGUGCCGCCCUGGCUCAAGCGACUGCCCCUCACCGAGGUCCUCCUUGCCGCCGGAUUCUUCCUCGUCUACGGACUCGACGAGUUGGUGCACAGUUCGCUGUACCGCAGCCAGCACUCGCACUUUGAGCACCCGCCCGAACCUAAGACCCCCUCGUCCCACUCGCACUCGCACUGCCCCCCGGCGGGGGUGGCGUCACAGGAGCCGCGCCCCACAGCCGCAAACUCCCUCAUCCGCAACACGUCCGGACUUCACCACUACGGCGCCACCGAGUGCCACAGCAAACAUGAUGUUGAGCCUGAGCACGGCAGAGUGUACAAGAGCCUUGAGGAGGAGGAGGACGAGGAGCACUCGCAAAGCCACCCUCACCAGCCAGAGCUGCAGACGAAGGAGCCGAAAAUGACAGCGACCAGCGGCUUCCUGGCGCUGGUCGCUCUGUCCAUCCACGCGGUCACCGAGGGCCUCGCCAUCGGACUCCAGACCUCCACCCCAAACGUCUUCUUCCUCCUCCUCGCCGUUUCAACGCACAAAUUCGUGAUCGCGUUCUGCCUGGGCAUGGAGAUGAGUUCGGGAUGGGGCGCCGCCAAAACCACCCUCAGGUUCCACGUGGUCUUCAUGACCGUCUUCUCGGGCAUGUCCGCCCUCGGCAUCCUCAUUGGCCUCACCCUCAUGGGCACCGGACAACCCGACGAGGGACUUUUGGUCCAGGCGUUGCAGGCGCUGGCGGCAGGGACGCUGAUGUACGUGACCUUUUUCGAGGUGCUGCCGAGGGAACGGGCAAAGUGUCACGCGGGAAUCGUGCAGUACCUUUCGGUGCUCGCCGGAUUCGUCAUCUUGCUCACCCUCGACUCACUCGUUCCACAUGGUGGAGACAAAGACGGCCUACUGAACGCCACUUCCACAAUUCCACCGUGAAAAUAUUUUUCUUUGGAGAAAAAAAAUCCACAUUUUCACGCCUUCACUGCCAAGCCCAGUUUUAAUUAGCAAAAGAUAUUCAGUUUAAUUCUACUGUUUUAUGUUAAGAGUUAGAAUUUGAGAAAAAUACGUGCAAAAAUGAUUUUUCUCUUUAGUGUUUUAGAUCUGUGUGGAAAUUCACGAUUUUUACUUCUUUUACAUGUUGCUACUUUGAUUUAAAUAUAUUUUAUUUAGCCUGGUCGAAAA